GGAGCCAGCCAGCCUGUGAGUGAGUGAGAGGGGAGAGUAAUUCAGCUCUGCAGCUUAAGAGAGUGGGACAGCAAUAAUCAACUCUUUGCCUGUUAUUCUCAAGAUAUUCAAGGACUCAGUCAUGACUGCAGAAGAAAAGCAAACUUGUUAUGAAGGUGGUUAUGUCCAAAGCUUUCAGUUCUACCUGGAGCACUCAGGGGAGCACAAGGCCAUUCUUCAGUGGGUCCAAAACAUCCUGCCAGGAGAAUUCAAAAGAAUUGGAGCAGGUAAAAGCAGCCUGGAUGUCCUUGGUGUUGGAAGUGGUGGAGGGCAGUUAGAUGUCCAGAUACUGUCUCUUCUGCAGUCUACAUGCCCUACUGUUCCCAUCUCUUCUGAUAUUGUGGAGGGCAGCACUGAACUCGUGGACAACUUCAAAGCUUUGGUAGCAAAGACUGCCAACCUUCAGAAGAUCCCAUUUGUUUGGCAUUUCAUGAGAAGUGAGGAGUAUGAGAAGCAAGUCAAAGCAAAGGGAGACAUGAAGAGAUUUGACUUCAUAAACAUGAUUCAGAUGCUCUACCAUGUGGAUGACCUCGCCGAAACAGUCAGUUUCUACCAAAGCCUUCUGAAAGAAAACGGCAGGCUUAUGAUCGUCAUUGAAGCAGUGAAAGGUGGCUGGGACACACUGUGGCGCACUUACCAGAAGGAGCUCUGCACUGAUGUCGCCCCAGUGUACCGUUCAUCAGGAGAUGUUGUAGACUGCCUGAAAAAACACGGCCUGAAAUAUGAGGAGCAUGUCAUCCCCAACACCUUUGACAUCACUGAGUGCUUCGAUCCAAGCAGUAAGAUUGGCGAAUGUCUGCUAAAUUUCAUGACAGUCCAAGAUCACUUCCACCAGUCCUUCACUCCGGAGAUCAGAGCAGGCAUCUUAGACCUUCUCAGAAACAAGUGCAGCACUGAAAAAGACGGCAAGAUAUUCUUCGACAGCACUUUGAGCUGCAUACUUGUUUACGCUUGAAUGUGUCCAAUGGAAAAAUGUUAAGACAUUUUAAUUUUUCUCCUUAAAUUCACUUCACUAUUUGAUCAAAAGUACAGUAUAUUUGCCUGUUGCUUGGAUUAGAUUUACCAGUUGAAGUGGUUUUCUGUAUCUUAAUCCUGUAUUCAACAAACUCAGUUACUUUGUAUGUUGACCAAAUUAAGAAUGAAAAUAAAUAAUUUGCUAUA